AUGGCUGCUUCUGUCCUGGGCAAGAGACAAAGAUCUAGCAUAGAAGCUGAAGAACCCUUCUUGAUUCAUACGCGCAGAAGACGAGCUCGUAUCUCAACACCAGAUAUACAUGUUGAGGAUGGGAUAUCUUCCAUUCCGCAAAGUUCUCAAUAUGUCCAGCCCUGCGAAUUGAAAACCCCACUGCAAAGCACCAAAGCCAUUUCCAAGGCUUGUACCGUAACGUCAAAACGUACAGUCCCAAACAAACAUCCACUUCCGUCCCAAUCAUUAGAAGGUGCAUUUCCAAGUCCAUCUACAGACUCGAAUGAUGAAAAUGUGCCACCAGUUGAGUUCAGGACACCGUCUACCACAAGAUUCAAAGAUGCAUUGGCACCUCUCACACCAAAGCAUCGUGUCAAGCUUCCCGGCAAGCCUUUGACUCCUCGAACUCCACGGACAUGUUCGACACCAAGCUCCACAUGCGCGACAAUUUAUUCGGAUGCACGCCAGUUGUUUGCGCAAAAUGGCAGCCCCUCCAAACUCAUUGGUAGAGAUGCGGAAAGGAGGGAGCUUGCCUCAUUCAUAACUCAUGCUGUCGAUACUCACUCCGGAGGCAGUAUCUACGUCAGUGGCCCACCUGGUACUGGAAAAAGUGCCUUGAUAGAAGAGAUAACCAAUGAACUCUCUACGACACCAAGCCUCAAGUGCUCCGUUGUCAACUGCGUGAGCAUCAAGUCCUCGAAGGACAUGCAGCGCAAGAUCAUCUCUGAUCUGCUUCCUGAGGGGCUACGAAGCACAAAACCCGAGCAAUCGACUCUGUCCCAUUUAUUCCUACCUAAAAGGAAAAGCAUGUCGCAAUCGUUUCUCGUUGUUCUCGAUGAAGUAGACAACCUUCUUUCCGUUGACUGCGAAUUGCUCUAUACACUAUUUGAGUGGGCUUUACAUAGGUCAUCGUGUCUGAUCCUGAUCGGAAUCGCCAAUGCUCUCGACCUUACAGAUCGCUUCCUUCCCCGAUUGAAAGCUAGAAACCUCAAACCUCGACUUCUCCCUUUCAUGCCAUAUACAGCGCCGCAGAUUGUUUCUAUCAUUACCGAAAAGCUUCGAUCUACCCUUCCAGCAGAUUGCUCGAGGGGGGUGGAUUAUGUUCCGUUCUUACAGCCAGCUGCCAUCCAACUUUGCAGCAAGAAGGUGGCAUCUCAAACAGGAGACCUUCGAAAGGUCUUCAAUCUGGUCCGACGAGCAAUUGACUGCAUCGAACGCGAGACGGUUGAGAAACAUUCUGCGUUUGAUCUGUCAACAUCCAAGCAGCCCCUUCUGGAUAUUACGAACAAUUCCCCCACAAAGCUACCACUCUCGCCACCCUCUUCAUCUCCUCUCAAGCCUUCGUCCUCUCCUCCGGUCUCAGGUACGGUGCGGCUGAAUGUCGCCGGUUUGACAGCUGAGAGUGCGCCGCGUGCGACCGUAGCCCACAUAGCGCGUCUCACAACCGCUGUCUUCAACAAUGAUGCAGUCUCCAGAUUGGGGGGGCUAAACCUUCAGCAAAAGGCAAUUCUCUGCUCACUGGUCGCAGCAGAGAGGAAGCGAAAUGAGCGCGAUCCAUUCAGCACUCCGUCGAAGAACGCGAACAGAAAGCCAAUGCUCAAAGACCUGUUUGAAUUGUAUGCUGGAGUUUGCAAAAGAGAUAACGUGCUUUGUCCUUUAUCUUCUACAGAAUUUCGAGAUGUUGUUGCGAGCCUUGAGACCUUUGGCCUCGUACAGGAAGCAACUGGCCGAGCAAGUUUCCUUACGCCAACUAAGACUCCGUCCAGACUGGGCAGGAAGAACAUCGAGGAGAAACAGUUUGCCAGUAUAGUAUCGGAGAAAGAGCUGGAGGACAACUUGCAAGGACCAGGAACAGAGAUUCUCAAGAGACUAUUACGUGGAGCUUGCCUUUGA